AAUACUUGUCCCUUUGGGCAUGGUACAUGGCUCUGCCCACCCCUAUCACACAUAAGUUGCACAGUAAGGCGUGUUCAAUGAAUAUUUUACCCAGGAGCCUACAGAUGGAGUGACAAUCGGCUCCAAAGUACAAGGGUAAAACUUUCCAAGAGCACAGACAGAUCACAGAGGAGCGGCACAAGAAGGCAAGUUAAGAAGCUUGUCAAGAAAUGUACUGAAUUUGUUGCAUUGACAAGGAAUGCCCAUUCAUCAGUGUCUACAGGGAUAAAGAAAAAAACUCAACAGGGAAAAGCAAGAAAAGAAAAGGGGAAAGUAUGUCAGAAGGCCACAGUCCAAAAGGAGGUGCUGGGGUCUUUGCCAAAAAAGUCCAAAGGCAACUGAGCAGGGGCAAGGAGAAAGUCUUGCAGAAGUUUGGAAAGACAGUGGAGACCAAAGAUGAAAGAUUUGAGCAAUGCCUCCUAAAUCUCACUGACCAACAGAUUGAUGGGAACCGGUUAUACAAAGAUCUAAAGCAUUACCUUAGUUCUGUCAAAGAAAUGCGGGAAGCUUCAAAACGGCUUUCCCAGUCUCUGUAUGAUGUCUAUGAGCCGGACUGGGAUGGAGAAGAGGACCUGGGGGCCAUUGUAGAGGGUGAAGACCUCUUGUGGAAUGAUUAUGAGGCGAAGCUGUUAGACCAGGCACUUCGUACCAUGGAGUCUUAUAUGAGCCAGUUCCCAGAUAUCAGGGAGAGGGUGGCCAAACGAGGCAGGAAGCUGGUUGACUACGAUUCCUCCCGUCACCACUUGGAGGCGAUGCAGAAUGCUAAAAAGAAAGAUGAUGUCAAAAUAGCCAAGGCAGCUGAUGAGGUGAACAUAGCCCAGAGUGUAUUUGAGUGCAUCAACAGAGAGCUGAGGGAUGAGCUCCCUGCUCUCUAUGACAGCCGAAUUGGAUGCUAUGUGUCAGUCUUCACAGCCAUCACAAAUUUGCGGGACACCUUCUUUAAGGAAAUGACAACGUUCAACAGUGAUUUGCAGAAUGUGAUGAAGGAUCUGAAGGAUCAGCAUCCAGACAAGGUAUUUGUCAUCAAGGGGUUGAAUCGGACUGGCUCUCUGAAUAGGCGAUCUCUCAUGUCCCCCAAGUCAUGGAAGGCCAGCUUCUCUGACUUCCAUCAGAGUUAUAGUCCAGGCAAGUCAGGCACCCUCACUAGAGACAGGUCCAGCUUCAGAUCCCCUAGUAGUCCUCGCUAUGAUGAGUCACUCACCAGCACCCCUGCAGUCUCCUCACGGCCCCUACCUAUUGAAGAGCCCUCCUCAGAGGCCAGAGACCUGGAUGCAGACUCCACCCGUAGUGAGGGUCCUACUGCAGAGAAGAAACCUGGGUCUGAAAGCAGGGAUGACACCACCAAAGAAGGGGCCUCCGGCAGUGGUCAAAAGUCAGGGGAAGAGAAACUGGCGGAGGAAGAAAAAGGCGUUAAAAAGAGAGCGUCUGAGCCUUCUUCAGACCAGCACUCCACCACAGAUAAGAAAGGAGAAGUAGAACGCCCUGCUGCAUUAACUGAGAGUACCUCCGAAGUGACAAACUCACAUGACUCAGAGAGUGUUGAGCUCCAGCUCUCGGCCAUAGACACCCCCCAGCUGACCUUAGAGAGCUCUGUGGCCCAUGAGGACUCUGGGGCCCAUGGUGUGCAGAACGGAGCGGCUACUGAUGGCUCUGAUUCUGACAUAGAGGCCACUGGGCUUGUCCAAAAGGCAGAAAAAUUAUAUAUCCAGGAGCCAGAGGAUGUGAAAAACACUGUGGUUUAAUGAAGGAUCUCUGAAGAAAAGAACUAGUUGUAGUAAUAAGGGAGAGGGGCUGAAUACUGCACAAGGGAAAUAGGAUAAAAAUGAAGAGCCUUCUCAAUAUUACAGUCGGGAAAUAAGAAUAUCUGCUGUUUCCACCAGCUGCCUAAGAUCUGAAAGCUCUUGCUUGUGGACAAUAUAUUUUCAAUAUAGCUGUUUUGUUUUUAUUAAUAAAAUGAAUGGUAUGCCUGUUUGUGCUUUGCAUAGGUUUGUGCCAAUAAUCCAAUAACUGUGUCACCCAAUUCUCUUUUAAUUUAAUUGUAGAGAAACAGCAAGUUCACUAAACUGUAAUUGACUUGAAUUGAAAUUCAGCGUUUGCAAAAUUGUAUAGAAAAUGUAAUAAAAAUCCAUAGAAAACAACCAUUUAUUUUCUGUGUGUGCUAAAUUGUACAUGGAGAACUUGGUUAUUGAUUAAACUAAUGUAUUUUUAUAAUGGCUUGUUGAGUGAUACUGCUGUAAUUGAAAAUCUCAAAUGACUGAAUGUAAAUCAAAGGAAACCUAGAGGUAUCUUUUGAUGAAUUUUGUAUUUCUAUACAAUUUCUCAUUAAAGUGAUAACAUCUCUG